UUCGGUUAGCAAAUGUGGAGGCGGGGAGCUGGAGGCGGGGCAGGAGGCAGGCAGUGUUUGCCCGCCGCACAGGGCUGUGUUUCCCCUGGGUCCCAGGAGUGAGUCACAGUGGAGACGCUGAUGAGGUGCUGGCACAGCACCCCCCUCCCCCACCCCCACCGGGCGAGGGGCUGAGUGCAGGCUGCAUCUCCAUGGUGCGAGGGACGUGCUUCUCUCUUCCAGACCGGCCGGGCCGUCUGGAGAGCGGGAUUGUCUGAUCUAGGGGCAAGAAGUGUACCAUUCUGAGGCCAAAGACCUGGGUUUGAUUCCAGACGCUGUGGAACCUUGUGCAAGGCUGUGAAGGCCCCUAAGCCUUCACUUCCUAGUCUUUCAAGUGGGAAUUUUCUCAGAUGCACAUGUAAACACUUGGUGGAUUCUAAAGCCCCCUACAGAUGUGAAUUCUCACCUGGGACCCUCCUGUGCCCAUUGCAAAGCCUGGCAGAAGAGCCUUCCAGUAAGGGCGCAGAGGGAGCAAUGGGAUGACCUUGGCAGAGUCCCUAUUUUUCCUGCAGACAGCUAAGUGUAACCUUGGGCAGGCACUUGGCUCUCUGUGCCUCAGUUUCUCCAUCUCUGUAAUGUGAAGGUUAGUAAUGGUUUCGACCUCAUGGAGUUGUUAUGAAGAUUAAGAUAAAUAAUGUUAGUGCCAUGCCUGGUAUGAAGCCAGUGCACACAGAAUAUUCAUCAUUAUUAUUAAUGUUAUUGUUCAUAUUUUUGAAGGUCAGGGAUAGGGAAUGUUAAAGACAUGAAGAACAGAAACUGGGCCCAGCCCCAGUUCACAGAAAAAACCAGGCCAAAUUCACUCUUCCAGAUUCCUCCACCCAUAAGGGCCUGGGGUAGCAGGAGUCUGUAGCCAGAAGUCACAGGGUGGACCCCUUCUUCUCUCUUUCACUCCACUGCCCCGAGGCUCCCCCAGUGAGGCAGGAUGCCAGAGGACCCAAGGGUCUCGUCGCCAGCUGGCACUGGGAAGGGUCUGGGAUGGGACCGCCCUGAUGGCCCUGAUGUGGAAUACCUUGGCCGCGUCUGCUGGAGUGACCUUUAUUUUAGCCCCUCCCUGGCAGCUCUUAAGACGAACAUGAGGCAGGGGAGGGAUGGGAAGGUCAGUGAUGUCAGCAGUGAGUAUUCCCAGCACUGUGGCCCUGGAAGAGGCAGGAGGCAUUUCUUUCAGGAAAUGAUCAUUAUUCAGCCCACAGGCAUUCAUUAAGUAAGUCCUGACUUGGUGCCCAGCCCUGUGUUGGGCCUUCUGUGUGAUUCAGGAGAGGCAGGGGAUGCUAAGCUGUAAAUAAUGCAGAACCUCAGCGAUCAUAGGGUCCGAGAAUACACUGCGUCGAGUCCAUGAAAGCCUGCUGUCCUGGUUCUCAUGGGAAGCAGAAGUUGAACCUUGACUUUGCUCCCCAUUGGCUGUGACAUCUUUAUACUUGGGUGUGUACCUGUACAUAUACAUUCGGUCUUAUUAUUAUAGAGGCAGUUCUUGUGCAUCGCAGGUGGUCAAACAAUACAGACAAGCAAAAAUUUUUAAAUUGAAAAACAUCCCAGUCCCAGCAGUCAGAGACCACUGCCACAAUACCUCUUCACACCUCCCUGUUUCCUGAUGUGCCUUUAUAUGUCAUAUUUUCUAUGAAAAUGAGAUUAUGCUGCAUACGCCGGUUUUUCAGUCUGUGAUCUCCACCUCCCACUGCAGUGAAUUUUCAUUGCACCAAAUUCCCAGUUGGCCAGAAAUUGUCCUUCACAGCUGGUCUGUCCAAAUCAGUACUCAGGACCAUGCAUCUGGCUAUGGAGUUCCCUGAAGGCUGUGUAAAGCACCCUGGCUGGAUUUGUGAUCUGGAAAAACCCCGGCCGACCAAAUCCCAAGGGCAGCCCUGGCCGCAGAAGGGAAUCAUGUCAUUGGGAGAAUCAUGGCCCGAUAGACCUGUGCCAUCUUCCCAAAAUAACAGGCAAAACCAGGGGGAUUCCCGGGCACCACUGGGAUGGAGAUCUCUGGGUACUCAACUGUCAUUAAUAUUAACCUGGGAUCCCUAUGAGUGCCAGCAUUCAUAGCUUAUCGCUAUUCAUGGACUCCUAUCCGUGAUGCCCCCAGGCCAUGGAGCAGGCCAGGGGCUCCACAGUGGCCCCUGCUUUCCCCUGCCCCAGGUCCAAUGGUACCGAUGGCCUUCCGCCCUGUUCCUAGUCCCCAGGAGUCUGCCCUGAAGGUGGGUGCUCUGUUCCAGCACUGGUGGGUUCCUCCAUGUCUGCUACCUGCCCACCGCCCUGCCUGUGUAUGAGGCCUGAGGGAGAGAGACAGGGAGAGAGAGAAAAAAGAGAGAGCUUUUCCUCCCAAGGGAAUUCACUCCCACGUAGCCACUCCACGGGUGACUUGCUCUGGCUAUGCAACCUGCCUUUUAUACAGCCCUCGACGGCUUCCAGAGCGCCUUCACACAGCGUUUGACCCUGCAUGGCAGCCCUGGGAGGUUUGCUUGUUUGGUUGUAUCCUGCUGGAGGCUGCUUACAGGAAACAAUAAAAUAGUAACGUGUACAUUUAAAAAAAAAAAAAAAAAAACCAGGGAAAACACAAGAUGAAAAAGGAACUGAAGAUACGGUUGGGAGUGCCUCCUGGAAACAAAAGGCAUGUGAAGGGCACAGGCAGAGAUGAUUAUCUCUGUUUUUAUUUUUGUUGCCGUUGAUGUUUUCUGGGUGGAAUACUAGCAUGCUGCGGGAACACGCCGCCCCUGGGAGUCACGCCCAGGCCUUCAGAUGCUGCGACCCACUGUGUCCUGUGGCCCCUUGGUGGCCGCCCCUCACCACCUGGGGACGUGGUGGACCUGUGUGUCGCUGUAAUGGUUACAAGCUUAGGCCCUAGAGCCCCAGAAACCCACUUACGCGAGCUGUGUGGCCUCUGCAAGUUUCUUAAAAAUGCCACGCCUCAGUUUCUUCCUUUGUGAAAGGAGGUUGCUAAGGGUACCUACCAUACAGGGUUUUUGUGAGGACCAAAUGAGAUAGUACGAGUAAGGUGCUUAGCAUGGUGACGAGCACACAGUAGGCAUUUGGUACACGGUUGUGGGUCAUCACUGGCCUUACUCGUUAAUAAUUAUAAUUAGAAAAUAAGUAGUGAUCGUAAUCUUAUUAAUCUUAUAACUUCAACUUCCCCCUGGCAGUCUCUGGAGUGGGCUGAGUGGCCUCCUGGGUGGCAUAGGUGGGCGGAGCCAAGGAAGACGCAUCUCCUGGCUCAUGUGCAGUUGGGCAGAGGCACAAGCGGGGGGCAAGCAGGAGUGGGGGACACACGAGGCCUGAUCUGGCCAAGGAGGGCCCAGAAACAGCAGGAACAACAAGGAGGGCAAGGGAAUGCAUAUGAGACCAUGGAGGGAGAAGGAGCGGCUCCGAGAGGCAGCCCCAGGGCGGUGACCGUGCUUCCUGUUGGGGCAAGCGCUGGCCCUUGAGAAAGACUGUCUGGGGCUGGCUGCUAAGAGGGAGCAGCUGGUCUAAGUGGGGCGGCAGGGGCUGGGGGAGGGGACAGACAAAGGCAGAAACUGACAGAACCUCCACUCCUCUCCCCACAUUACAGAUGGGGCCCCCAUCUUGACUGCUCAGGAUGUUUUGCUUACGAUAGGAAAGAUGGUGGUUAGAUACCAUGGUGAACCUCGUAUCUCAGGGAUUGGAGCUGCUGGAGCAGGGGAGUGAGGAUGGGACCCAGGUGAGCCCGGGUGCCCACUGCCCCAGUCCCCCUGGCACAGGCCGCCUCAGGCCCCCAGCGGACACGCCAGGCCCUCAGCCCCAGCCCAUGGACCUGCGGGUGGGCCAGCGGCCCCCGGUGGAGCCCCCGCCAGAGCCGGCGCUGCUGGCCCUGCAGCACCCCCAGCACCUGCACCACCACCUGCUGUUCGCAGCAGGCCUGCCUCAGCGCUCAGCGGAACCCAUGAGGCUCCCAAUGGACACGCCGGUGCCCCAGUUGCAGGUGGGGCAGCAGGAGCAAGAGCUGCGGCAGCUUCUCAAUAAGGACAAGAGCAAGCGAAGUGCCGUAGCUAGCAGUGUGGUCAAGCAGAAGCUGGCAGAGGUGAUUCUAAAGAAGCAGCAGGCAGCCCUAGAGAGAACAGUCCAUCCCAAUAGCCCCAGCAUUCCCUACAGAACUCUCGAGCCCUUGGAGACGGAAGGAGCUGCUCGCUCUAUGCUUAGCAGCUUUCUGCCUCCUGUUCCCAGCCUGCCCAGUGACCCCCCAGAACACUUCCCUCUCCGAAAGACAGUCUCUGAGCCCAACCUGAAGCUGCGCUACAAGCCCAAGAAGUCCCUGGAGAGGAGGAAGAAUCCACUGCUCAGAAAGGAGAGCGCCCCGCCCAGUCUCCGGCGGCGGCCUGCAGAGACCCUCGGUGACUCCUCCCCCAGUAGCAGCAGCACACCAGCAUCAGGGUGCAGCUCCCCCAAUGACAGCGAGCAAGGCCCCAACCCCGUCCUGGGCUCGGAGGCGCUCUUGGGCCAGCGGCUGCGGCUGCAGGAGACCUCUCUGGCCCCGUUCGCCUUGCCGACAGUGUCCUUGCUGCCCGCAAUCACGCUGGGGCUCCCCGCCCCUGCCAGGGCUGAUGCUGACCGCAGGACCCAUCCGACACUGGGCCCUCGGGGGCCGGUCCUGGGGAGCCCCCAUGCUCCCCUCUUCCUGCCCCACAGCCUGGAGUCUGAGUCUGGGGGCCCCUUGUCCUCUCGACUACAGCCCAUUCUCCUCCUCGAUCCCUCAGUCUCUCACGCGCCCCUGCUGACUGUGCCCGGGCUUGGGCCCCUGCCUUUCCACUUUGCCCAGUCCUUACUGACCACCGAGCGGCUCUCUGGGUCAGGCCUCCACCGGCCACUAAGCCGGACCCGCUCAGAGCCCCUGCCCCCAAGCGCCACCGCCCCCCCACCGCUGGGCCCCCUGCAGCCCCGCCUGGACCGGCUCAAACCUCACGUCCAGCUGAUCAAGAGGCCAGCCAAGCCAAGUGAGAAGCCCCGACUGCGGCAGAUCCCCUCAGCUGAGGACCUGGAGACAGAUGGUGGGGGAGUGGGGCCGGUGGGGGAUGACAGCCUGGAGCACAGGGAGUCAAGCCAUGGGCAGCACGAAGCCAGAGGCCCUAUUCCUCUCCAGCAGCACCAGCAGGUGUUCCUCUGGGAGCAGCAGCGACUGGCUGGGCGGCUCCCACGGGGAGGAACUGGGGACUCUGUGCUGCUUUCCCUGGCCCAGGGCAGUCACCGGCCCCUGUCCAGGGCUCAGUCAUCCCCAGCUGCGCCUGCCUCACUGCCAACCCCAGAGCCUGCCAGCCAGGCCCGUGUCCUGCCCAGCUCAGAGACCUCUGCCAGGACCCUGCCGUUCACCACAGGGCUGGUGUAUGACUCGGUGAUGCUGAAACACCAGUGCUCCUGCGGGGACAACAGCAGGCACCCGGAGCACGCGGGCCGUAUCCAGAGCAUCUGGUCCCGGCUGCAGGAGCGGGGGCUCCGGAGCCAGUGUGAGUGUCUCCGGGGCCGGAAGGCCUCCCUGGAGGAGCUGCAGUCAGUGCACUCCGAGCGGCACGUGCUCCUCUAUGGCACCAACCCGCUCAGCCGCCUCAAACUGGACAACGGGAAGCUGGCAGGGCUCCUGGCACAGCGGAUGUUUGUGAUGCUGCCCUGUGGUGGGGUAGGGGUGGAUACCGAUACCAUCUGGAAUGAGCUGCACUCUUCCAACGCGGCCCGCUGGGCAGCCGGCAGCGUCACUGACCUUGCCUUCAAAGUCGCUUCCCGUGAGCUAAAGAAUGGUUUUGCUGUGGUUCGGCCCCCAGGACACCAUGCGGACCAUUCCACAGCCAUGGGCUUCUGCUUCUUCAACUCCGUGGCCAUUGCCUGCCGGCAGCUUCAACAACAGGGCAAGGCCGGCAAGAUCCUCAUCAUGGACUGGGAUGUUCACCAUGGCAAUGGCACCCAGCAAACCUUCUACCAGGACCCCAGUGUGCUCUACAUCUCCCUGCAUCGCCAUGAUGAUGGCAACUUCUUCCCCGGCAGUGGGGCCGUGGAUGAGGUGGGAGCUGGCAGCGGUGAGGGCUUCAAUGUCAACGUGGCCUGGGCAGGAGGUCUAGACCCCCCUAUGGGGGAUCCUGAGUACCUGGCUGCCUUCAGGAUGGUUGUGAUGCCCAUUGCCCGAGAGUUCUCUCCGGACCUGGUUCUGGUGUCAGCUGGGUUUGAUGCUGCCGAGGGUCACCCAGCCCCGCUGGGUGGCUACCAUGUUUCUGCUAAAUGUUUUGGGUACAUGACCCAGCAGCUGAUGAGCUUGGCGGGAGGUGCAGUGGUGCUGGCCUUGGAAGGUGGCCAUGACCUCACAGCCAUCUGUGACGCUUCUGAGGCCUGUGUGGCUGCUCUUCUGGGAAACAAGGUGGAUCCUCUCUCAGAAGAAGGCUGGAAGCAGAAGCCCAACCUCAACGCCAUCCGCUCUUUGGAAGCCGUGAUCCAGGUGCACAGUAAAUACUGGGGCUGCAUGCAGCGCCUGGCCUCCUGUCCAGACUCCUGGGUGCCCAGGGUGCCAGGGGCCGACACAGAAGAAGUGGAGGCAGUGACCGCACUGGCAUCCCUCUCCGUGGGCAUCCUGGCUGAAGAGCGGCCCUCACAACAGCUGGUGGAGGAGGAAGAACCUAUGAAUCUCUAAGGCUUAGAACGGAUCUGCCUGCCCACCCUGCCCUUCGGACCUGGUUCUCUUCUAACCUCUGGCCAUAGUACCCAUUCCCGGAGUCUUCAGAGAGCCUUUGGGCAGGUAGUUGGGGCCAGAGAACGGCCCCUUGACAGUCACCCCAAGGAGCCUGAGAAGGGCCCCGGGUCUAGGAUAGGGACCAGAGAGGACCCCGAGAAGAGGCAGGCUGGGCAGUCGGCCAGCCCUUGGUAGGGCUCUCUCAAGAACAGAGUCUACCCCUUUGGGGUGCAGGCCCCUGGCUGGGCCCCCCUUCCUCAGGACUGCACAGAGGAGGACUGGCUCAGUCAGGCUCACUGAUAACCACUAUUCUUGGCUCUGUAGACCCUGGGCUUUGCACACAGCCCCAGGCUCCACACAGAAAUGUGAACUUGGCCUCAACCAGGGUGGCCCUUCCGAGGCUCUGAGGGCUAGGCCAGAGCGGGGGAGAAGGGGAUGGGUAGGAGGAGGCAGGGGGUCCCCUAUACCUGAGUGCAGGGGGAAUCCCUCUCGCCUGCUUCUUCAGAUGACUCUGGAAGCUUCCUCCCCCCUCCCCCCGCCACUGGGCAGGGAGACAAAGCUCCUUCCAAGAGAGCAGUCCUUGGCAGGCCUCCCAUCUAGUCCCUGCCCCUGCCAGAGGUCACCCUACGUCCGCCAUCUCAGUGCCCUGGUGGAGCAGACAGGUGCUCUUGGAGUUCUGUGCUUCCUGAGCCAAUGGUGCCAAACUCUUCAUCUCCCCUCAGUAGCACAGCAUGACCACCAGGGACCCCUUGGUCACUGCCCUCCUCCAUGAGACUUCUCUCUUUCUGGGGUCUCCCUCACCCAGCUCUGACUCCUGCCCUCCAUAGGACCAGCUCGGCUGAGGGGAAAGGGGGUGGGAGAGUGGAUGCAAGACAUGGGGGAGGGGAGGCUGCCCUGGCCAAGUCUUCAAGGCUUCUGGGGUCCAGGCCUGGGGCCAAGAAGGAAAGUAUUUGUGUGCUAGAGAGAGUGAGUGUGUGUGUGUGUGUGUGUGUGUGCGUGUGUGUGUGCAUGUGUGUGCACGCGCGCGUAUGUGUGUGUCUUCCCGAGGACCACCACCCCCUGUGUAUGUAUGCAUGUUUUUGUAAAAAAGAAAAAAAAAGAAAAGAAAAAAAUGGAAAAAAAACUGAACAAUAAA